AUGCAAGACAAUGCUCCGUCCCAUGCCAGCAAGUUCACGAGGGAUUAUCUGGACAAGCAAGGCUUCAGACGCGAGAAGCUGAUGACCUGGCCACCCAACUCACCGGACUUGAAUCCGGUGGAACAUUACUGGAGUAUUUUGAAGAAGAAAUUGUAUAAGGAAGCCUUUUUUAACGUGGACUUCCUAUGGCAUGUCAUCGAGGCCGCUGCCAAGACUGUGACUCAUCCAAGAUACAGGCGCUCACAGAAUCCGUUGACAACCGCCUGA